GAAGACAGCCGGAUGAUUAUGCCAUUUAUUUGGAUUCCCAUCAUUUGACAUAGUUCUUUUACACACCGCUCAUCUCUCUUUACUCGCCGUACGUUUUUAUUAUUUGAUUAAACCAUAUUCUUCUUGGAAAUAAAUCAAGAUCAUCAGCAACAUAGCAACAUGAAGGGACUGCUCUUCCUGUUGUGCUGCGUAGAACUCCUUGGUUCACUAUUGUGCGGUGCUCAAAUCGCGGGAACUACUGCUGCUGAAAAUCUGAAUAUUCCAGAUCCUGCCUCAACUACACAAGAAGAAAAUUCAACUGCAGACUCCACUUUACCAACUUUUAAAAAAACAUCCCUAUCUGAUCACACAAGUGAGGCCAGCAUUCAGUCUGAGUCACCUUCACCAGUCUCCCUGGACGUCAGCAGUCAUAGCAUUUCAAUGCCAUCUGGCAAACAUCGGCCCACCACCAUUUCUACUGCCACCACUUCUACCACCACCCCUUUCCAUAUGUACAGGAAGGAAUGCCUUCAAUUGUUCAUGGUGAGCGGCGGACUGAUCAUAGCGUGUACCAUUCUGCUGGUUUCUACUCUGCUGUUGAUAUGGAAGGUGUGCCAGCAGAGCAGACGCAUCAAGGCGCUGAGCAGCAACGCAGACCUGAUCAGCACCUCCGGAUACUGGAUGGGAACCGCCAAGAGGAACAAAAGCGCGUCAGAGCUAGAAGCCAAAGAGAACACGGUGUUGAUGUCUGACAUUGGUCAAACGCAGGAGGAGGUGGGUAAUGGUACCCCCAAGGAAGACGGCGGGAAGGUAAAGGAGGAUGGACCAAAGGAAGAGAAGAAGGAGGAGGAGGAAACUGCAAAGAGUGAAGAAGUUUCGGCUGGUCCUGUAACCGUUGAAGAAGAAGUCACUGACUCCAAGUCCACCGAGGCCGCAUCCACCUCCAACUGUAAAGGCACUGAGGAACCAAAAGAUAAAGUUUAGGGUUAAAUGUGUGUGCCAAUGCGUUUCCUGAGCACCUGCCUUUACUUCCCUAUAGCUUUAUAAUACAGUAAAUAAGGGAUUCUUUUUUUCAGCAGCUUUUGCUUUACAGGAAGUCGAUCAACCGCAGCUAGAUGUGUCAAACUGUGCACUGAGCAUUUCUGCUUGAAAACAAUUGGUUGAUACUGUACUUCUUUGUUAUUAGUGAUGUUAUAUUGAAAUGUAUCAAAGGUAUAUUUUACCUCUACAGUGAUUUUUUUUUAACUUUAACUAAAUGUGUUAUGUCAAUAGAUUUCACAUAACUGUAUUAGGCUAAUUGAA